AUGUCUCACGCCGCCAUCGGCGCGGCGUCCUCCGCGCUCCUCGCGCGGUCGCCGUCGCUGCGAUCGAAAUCGACGCGCGCGUCGCGCGCGAAGUCGUCGUCGAAGACCGCGAUCGUCGCGCCGACGCGCGCGGCGAUCGCGGAGCCGGAGACGACGCGCCCGCCCUCCGCGCGCGCGAGCGGCCGCAAGCGCGUCGUCGUCCUCGGAAGCGGAUGGGGCGCGAUCUCGUUCGUCAAGUCCCUCAGCGCGUCCGCGCCGUACGACGUCGUCCUCGUGUCGCCGCGCAAUUACUUCCUGUACACGCCGCUCCUCCCCGGCGCGGCGACGGGCGCGGUCGAGGAGCGCUCCAUCGUCGAGCCGAUCCGACGCCCGAUCGCGGAGAAAGGGUACAAGUACUUCGAGGCUGCGUGCGUGGGCGUCGACGCGGAGACGAAAACGAUCACCUGCCGCGCCGCGGACGCCACCUUCGACGCCACCGUGCCGUUCAGCGACCUCGCGACGCGAACGGAGGCGAACGCGAUGGCGUGCCCGUGGCACACGUUCGACGUGGAGUACGACUACCUCGUCACCGCCGUCGGCGCGGUGCCGAACACGUUCGGCGUGAAGGGCGUCGAGGAGAACUGCCUCUUCUUCAAAGAGAUCGCGGACGCGUCGAGGUUCCGCAGGGAAGUCAGCGAGCGGUUCGAGCGCGCGACGCUGCCGGACGUGCCGGAGGAGAGGAUCAGAGAAAUCUUGACGUUCGUCGUCAUCGGCGCGGGGCCCACGGGCGUGGAGCUCGCGGCGGAGCUGUACGACAUGGUGUACCAAGACAUCGCGAAGAUGUACCCGUCGCGGCUCAUCCCGCUCGUGUCGAUCAAGAUCGUCGACCUUCAAGAGAAGAUUCUGAGCGCGUACGACCGAAGAAUCGCCGAGUACGCCACGGACUUUUUCCAACGCGCCAACAUCGACUGCCUCCUGAACAAGCAAGUCAACGAGGUGAAAGAGAACGCGGUCGUCUUGACCGAUAACGUCACGAAAGUCACCGAGGAGGUCCCGUUCGGGAUGGCGGUGUGGUGCACCGGGAUCAAGCUCAACCCGCUGUGCGAGAAGAUCAUGAACGCGUUGCCCGAGGGGAGCCAAGAGAACCGCCGAUCGCUGGCGACGGAUAAAAACCUCCGCGUCAAGGGCAGCGGCGGGAGCAUCUUCGCGCUGGGCGACUGCGCGACGAUCGAGCGCCCGCGUAGCAUCGGCAAGGCGGUCGACCUCUUCAGGAGCGCGGCGAAGUGCUCCGUCGACGGCGUCUGCGACAGCAGCCUGAGCAAGGAGGAAACGAAAGCGUGCCUCCAGUCGGGCGUCUCCGAGUUUCCGCACCUCGAGGAGGUCAUCAACAACAUCGACGACGCGUUCGCGAAGUACGCGGACAAGGACACCGGUCGGUGCGCGUUCGAAGGGUUCCAGGCGAUGCUCACGGAGGUGGACAACGGCCUGAGGGCGCUCCCCGCGACCGCGCAGGUUGCGAAGCAAGAGGGCGAGCAUCUCGCGGCGUUUUUCAACGCCGCCGACGGCGACGCCGCCGCGCUCGCCUCGGACGACUCGCAGUUUAAUUACGUCCACAAGGGGUCGCUGGCGUACAUCGGGAAGGACGCCGCGGUGGCGGACAUCCCGGGGUUCACGAUCGUCAAGGGCUUGGCCGCGGGGAUCAUCUGGAAGUCGUUCGAGACGAUCUCGCAGGUGAGCGUGAGGAACAUCUUCCUCGUCGCCGCGGAUAUGGUGCGCACGAAGCUCUUCGGACGCGACAUCUCGCGGUUCAACUGAUCCCACCAUCGAGCCGAUCGAUCUGAUCUGAUCGAUGGAGUUGGUUCGCCGUACCCGUGCGCUUGUUUUCGUUAUGUCUAAAAGGUUGAAAAGGGGAGGGAGGGUGGGAUCCCCCACGAGUUGAACGACGGCGAAAGUCGUCGCUUGUGAAUAUAACACACGCGCGUCGCCG